AUGUCGCUUGAGGCAGUGAGGGACCAGGCGUGGCAGUCCCGGGUCCUCGUGGCGCUGACGCUCGGACCAGAGGAAGUGGCUGCCGCCGAUGUGCAGACGUUCCCGUUCUACACCCUCUUGCCAUACAACUGCCCAAUCAUAGCAGCCGCCCAAGAAGCCCUCGCGACGUUCGAGUCCGUUCUCCUCGACGGCCCCCGCCAGCCGUGGCUCGAGUUCCACGGCGACUACCUGCCGUGGCACGUCCCAGCAGGAGUCGUCCACAGGGCGCUCACGGGAGGCCGCGCGUACCCUUGGUCACUCACGGUCAGGUUCCGCAGUCCCCCGCCGGGACAGCUGCCGCAGUUUGGCAAUGACCCACUGCUAACUUCGACGCUGAAUGCGCUGAAGGAGGCAUCGAUGACCCUCACAGGUACAGCGCGGCCCGUCAUGGCGCUGCCGGUGGCAAGCAAGGCGCCGCUGGCGGCGGCGACGCGGGAGGGGCAGCGGGCGAAGUACGACGAGCUGACGUCAAGUUUUGUGUGGGAGCCAAAGAGCUGGGGGUCUCGGCCGGCGUCCGUGCCGGUGCACGCGUACGUCGUCGCAGGAUCUGGUGGGGUGGGCCCCGCGGACUGCUGGUCCGACGUCAGGCUGGCGUCGCGGCCUUUCGCGAUCGAGCACGCCCCGGACACGGACCGCGAACAGUCAGACACAGAAGGGGCUGACUCAGGGCACGACGCGGGGCAGGGGGCGCGAGAACGGACGGUGGGGGACGUGGCGCUUGCGCUGUGCGAGGAGUUCGGGCUGCAGGCGUCUCGCGGGGCCGACGGGAGCGACGCGGCGGUGCAGGUCGUGGUGUGCGGGGUGGAGCUGCCGCUGUCGACGACCUUGGAGUUCGCUUGGGCGGCGCUGCGGAGCCCGUCGGGCUUCCUGGAUCUCGUCAUCAUAGGGCAGAGACAGCGGCAUCGAGAACCGCCGCCAUGA